AUGAUGAUUAAAAAUGGCUUGCUCUAUCCGUCUAGUAAGAUUCUCAAAGAAGAAAGUACAAAAGACCAGAGUUUCUGUGAUUUUCAUGGCGUCCAAGGGCAUGACAUCCAAUCUUGUAAGGAAUUUAGGAAAUUAUUUCAGGACAUGAUGGAUAACAAAGAGGUCAAGGUCUUUGAUAGGUUGGAUGGGGCCGAAGAAGAAGAAAUAUGUGCCUCUGAUAAUCAAUCGAUGGCUUUCCCUUAUAGCGUCGAUAGACCUUUAGUGAUUUAUUACGAGGCAAAGAAGGAAGAUGUUAGUCGAGAAGUUAAACCAAGUUUGAUAAUCGAAGUACCUGCUCAUUUCUCUUACAAGGACAACAAGGCAGUGCCAUGGAAGUAUGAUGUGAAUAUUGUUGUGCCUGAAGGUGAAAAGUCAAAAGUUAUGAAUGAAGGUGUCGGCGGAGUAGGACAUUUUACUCGCAGCGGAAGGUGUUAUUCUCCCGAGACGGUUGAACCAAAAAAGAAAGUUGCUGGCCCGAGCCAAAAAGGAAAAGCACCAAUGUAUGAGGUUGAGGAUGAUGUUGAAACACAGCUUGAGCAAGAAGUUAAAAAGGCUGUGAAUGAGGAGGAAGCACAUGAGUUCUUAAAAUUUAUUAAGCACAGUGAAUAUAGCGUUGUAGAACAAUUAAACAAGCAGCCGGCUCGAAUCUCGGUACUGUCUCUAUUGUUGAACUCGGAGCCACAUCGAAAUGCCUUACUAAAAGUGUUAAAUGAAGCUUAUGUGGCGAACAAUGUAUCUGUGGAAAAGCUUGAUAGGUGGGCAAAUAAUCUAAAUGCAGAUAAUUUCAUCUCUUUUAGUGAUGACGAAAUACCGCCAAAUGGUAGGGGCUCCGUAAAAGCAUUGCACAUCACAACCAAUUGCAAAGGUUACAUAUUACCAAAUGUGCUCAUCGACAAUGGAUCUGCACUCAAUGUUAUGCCUUUUGCCACGCUUUCUAGGAUGCCGGUUGAUAUGUCCUAUCUGAGGCCUUGUUAUUCUAUAGUAAGGGCAUUUGAUGGGACACGACAAGAGGUCAUGGGAAAAAUUGAAAUUCCUCUAAAAGUGGGGCCAUGUGUAUAUGAUAUCGAGUUCCAGGUCAUGAACAUCACGCCUUCAUACAAUUACCUCUUAGGAAGACCUUGGAUCCAUUCUGCUGGAGCAGUUCCUUCGUCUCUCUAUCAAAAAGUGAAGUUUAUCAUGGAUAGCCGCUUGAUUACUGUCGAUGGUGAAGAAGACAUCGUCGUAUCUAUCUCUGCUGAUACACCCUACAUCGAAAUAAGCGAAGAUGUUGUAGAAUGUUCUUUUCACUCAUUGGAAUUUAUUAAUGCUGCAUUUGUUGCUGAAGGGAAUAAGAUCCCCAUUUUCAAACUGUCGAGGAAUACCAAUAUGGGAGUUAAGCUGACUGUGGGAAAAGGAGCUCGAGCGAGGAAAGGAGUGAUGUACCCAGGGCAGAACAAUUCGCAAGUCACAUUAUUGAUUGAAAAGGGUCUUCAGAAUAUCAGCCUAAAUGUUAUUGACAAUGAAAAUGAUGAAAUUAAGAAUGCUUCAAUGAUACGCCCUUGUCCUCUAGGAUAUGUUUUGAACAACUGGACUGCUGUGGACCUCCUUGUAGUUUUUAAGUCCCCUUCAGAGUGCUCAGAUAUCAAUGGCAUGAAUAAUCCCGUUAUGAAUCCUGAAAUCAAUUUUGAGAAGGCUGUUUGUUUAGGAGAAUUCGAAGCUGACGAAAAUGUUGAAGAUUGUGUAUCGUCUCCUGACUUACUGAGAAUGGUAGAACAAGAAGAGAGACAGAUCUUACCCCAUCAAGAAUCUGUUGAGGUAGUGAACUUGGGGAAUGAAGAAAAGAAACAAGAAGUGAAGAUUGAGACUUCCAUUUCAGAAAACACCAGGCGGGAUUUGAUCGCCUUGCUCCAUGAGUACAAGGAUGUGUUUGCCUGGUUUUAUCAGGAUAUGCCAGGGUUGAAAACAGAUAUUGUGGUCCAUAAGCUCCCACUGAAACCAGAAUGCAAGCCCGUUCAGCAGAAAUUAAGAAGGAUGAGACCCGAAAUGCUGUUAAAGAUAAAAGAAGAAGUCAAGAAACAAUUUGACGCUGGCUUCCUGCAAUUCUCCAAGUAUCCAGAAUGGGUAGCUAAUAUAGUCCCAGUGCCGAAGAAAGAUGGCAAGGUGCGAAUGUGCGUAGAUUAUCGGGAUCUGAAUCAAGCAAGCCCUAAGGAUAACUUUCCUUUACCACACAUCGACACUUUGGUGGAUAAUACGGCAAAGCAUUCUCUGUUUUCAUUCAUAGAUGGCUUUUCAGGUUAUAAUCAGAUAAAGAUGGCUCCCGAGGACAUGGAGAAAACUACAUUCAUAACAAUGUGGGGAACAUUCUGCUAUAAGGGUGAGUCAUCAAAAGGAAAGUCAUGGAAGAUGAACUUUGAUGGUGCAUCAAAUGCAUUGGGGAGUGGGAUAGGAGCAGUCUUAGUGUCACCUAAAAGGGACCAUUACCCGCUUACUGCCAGAUUGAAUUUCUUCUGUACAAAUAAUAUAGCGGAAUAUGAAGCUUGCAUCAUGGGACUUCGUGCAGCUAUCAAGAGGAAAAUCAAAAUUUUAGAGGUACACGGGGACUCAACAUUAGUCAUUUAUCAAAUUCGUGGAGAUUGGGAAGUGAGGGAUUCAAAAUUAGUCAAAUAUCGCGAUCUCAUUGCAGAAUUGGUGAAAGAAUUUAAAGAAGUGACUUUUAACUACUUUCCACGAGAAGAGAACCAAUUGGCUGAUGCUCUGGCCACUCUGGCUUCAAUGUUCAAAGCAAACAGAGAAACUGAAAUAAUGCUUAUCCAAAUAAGCAUAUAUGAGACCCCCGCACACUGUUUUAGCAUUGAGGAGGAGUCAGAUGGACGACCAUGCUUCCAUGAUAUCCUAGAAUACAUCAAGAAUCAAAGGUACCCUGAGCAAGCAAACGAGAAUGACAAAAGAACAAUCAGAAGAAUGGCGAUUGGGUUUGUUCUUGACGGAGAUAUUCUAUACAAAAGAGGAAAAGAUCAAGUGCUCCUGAGGUGCGUGGACGCUGUUGAAGCUAGAAAAAUACUUGAGGAGGUUCAUGAAAGAAUUUGUGGAACACAUGCCAGUGGUUUCACCAUAGCCAGAUAG